CAAACUGAUAGACUCAGACCUAAAUGAAACAAAUCUCUGCAGGGAGCUUCCUGUACUCAUCAAACGCAGUGUCCAUGUGGAGAUUACUGAUUUUCACGAUUUGUGUCUGGAUGGCGAAGGGUCAGGGACCUAGCACCACGCCACCACCCUUCAAAUAUCCCACCACAUGCGCGCCCAGGGGCGCCACCAUAUUAUCACCUUAUUUGCAAAGCCAUGGCACCGUAUUGCCAGCGGUGCCCACGAUUCCCGACACGUACCAAGUGCGAGUGGAAGCGAACAUUCUCGAAAAUAAUAAAACGAUCGUUGGAGAGGAAUACUACGACAAGGAGAACCACCGCGCCGCAAUGAGGAUCAUCACGAACAACUCGGAGGACUACAUGAUCUCAGACUACAACAACGAUCAGCUGAUCUAUGACGUCAACGGUGACUGCCACGGUUCUGAAGUAUGACGACAACCAACUGUUGUUCGGAAUGGAUAUGACCGGCGCUGGUAUACCCCAUUUCUACAACACGGAACAGGCACUUCAUUUCGCCAAGGCCACUGGAAUAAUGUACAUGGGCCGCCAGGUGAUCCGAGGCAUCCUGUGUGACUGGUGGCGCUCGUGUAUGUACUGGGACAUUCUGGCCUCCAACUUUACACUCGACUUCUACUUCACAGCUCAGGACAGAAGUUUCACUUGGGUUGCACCUGACAACGAGAACGUGGUACCCAUUCGCGCCGAGAUUUAAGGGACCCAGUACAUCCCCCAGGUGGACGGGUCUAACUCCAAAAACUUCCAUCACAUAUACGAAUACUUCGACUUCCGCAACGCAAUCUAGGCUCCUGAUGACAAGUUUUGGCCGCCUCAAGGCGUGGUGUGCUCUGGCCGUAAAGACCCGCCGCCUGUGCCGCAGCUGACUUCGCAGUAUUCGUACCGCUUGGAGAUCGUCGAAAACGUCAAUGCAGCGGUCUCCCAUGCGGAUGUAAGUAAGAUCGUCGGGGUAACACUCUUUUUUUAUGAAAUUAAAAGGAAAAUAGUAAAAACUAUGAGAACUUAUUGCAGAUCAUUGCAUUCAUAAACAGCCUUCUAUGUUGAUGUAAGUAGGUCCGACAGAGAACCGCAUUCGUAAUCGAGCCCAUUUUAUUGUUUAAGUACUACUGAAGUUUACAAAUACUUAUUCUCAGUUUAAGUUUGACUCCAGUUUUGUCGACAACCCUUAUAUGCCUAUUAAAACAGUUGAACAUCCGUGUCAUGUGAACAUACCAGAACCUGGCGUCUUACCGGACCAAACUCUGCCAGAGCAGAUCUAUUACGACUUCUCAUACCAGCUGGUCAGGUUCGACUAUCGGCGCCGGAGAAGCACUGGACACACGACCAACCUCGUCACCGAGAUACACACCGAGAUACAUGACUAUAGAACUGGUAUCGCCUACACUAUGGACAAGACUCGGGUCAACUGCUCCGUGAGACCCAUCCAGAACGCCAGUUUUUUCACCUCCGUCACCCAGAAGCCCGACGCGCAGGUCUACAUCCACAUGAAGGCCGCAUCCCAGCUCCUCUACCUCGAUAACAAGACGUAUUCGUAUGAGGGACAGCGCACUGUACGAGGAAUGCUUUGUGACGUGUAUAUCUCCAAGCGGACGGACUUCACGCUUCCCAACAUCUCCAUAAAUUUUACGUCUACCUUCGAAUUCUACUUCUGGUUUGAUUCAACGAUCAACCAGAUCAGACCCGUACAGCUGGUCAUUACGACUCCCGACAUCGUGAGUUAGAGCACAUAUUUGUAAUUUAACAUACUUUCCAGACGUUGCCACGAACAGCUCAAACUCGUUAAAUACUGGAGCGAAUUGCAAGUUUAAAUAUCCACUCAUUGACAUUAUACAGCGACUUGCAAAUCAAUUGUUUAUUCAAAGAUAUUCACCAGCCAUUUGUAAGUUUUUUUUAAUGUCAAUUCAUAGAUAUUUACCUGCGCAUUGCAUGUUUAAAUGUCCAUUCAUUUAUAUUCACAAACGGAUUGCAAGUUUUUAUUUUUUCCUUAAUUAGUAUACACAAAGUGAACCUUCAGCUGUAUCAGCAGAAGAAAACCCUUUUUACACGAUAUAUGAUUACCUUUUAUUAUGGAAUGGACCUAAUUGGCGAACAACUCAAAAUCAAACGUUCUAAUUAUAAUACCGAAAGUCACAAUACCAAAAAAAUCUGGAAACGUAUUGAUUUGUUUAAUUAUUUGUAGUUCGAUAAGAAAUGAUA